CCCUCUUUAGAUUUCAGAUAGCAAUCUGGCUGACAAUCUUCAAGUCAUAAAAUUUUUGGAGCCUUAUCCUAUUAAUCGUCUCCCUUUCUCUGUCGGUCUGUCUCUUCCCCCUCCUUUAUUCUCCCCUCACCAGAAAAACAAGCGCCACCAACAAAACCCAACAAUGUAGACCACCACAAUGCAAGACACACUCCCUUUCCUCUCCAAAAACAACCCUUUUUCUCCCUCACUCUCCUCCCACCACCACCAUAAACACCAUGAUUUUCCUUCACUUUCUCGCCCCAGAAACCUCCACUUCCCCACUUUUUCUUCCAAAACAAUCACUAUUCCUCUCCCUCCCAAACCCCCCAAAAUCCCAGAAAUCCCUUCCAUAUCCCCACCCCCAAGCUCCCACUCCGACUUCCAAGAAAAAAUGCUUUACCUGGACUCCAUCGGCCUCGAUUUUUUCUCCCUAAUCCAACACCACCCUCCCAUCAUAACCACCUCUCUCAAUGAUCUAAAAUCAACCGUUGAUUUCCUCACCUCCUUCAACUUCAGUACGCUCGAGCUACGGCGAAUCCUCUCCAUGUGUCCUGAAAUCCUAACCACCAAACCAACUACCCUGCUCCCAAUCUUCACUUUCCUCUUCCGAGAAGCCCGCGUCAACGGCUCUGAUUUAAAGAAAGUAAUCAACCGACGGCCCAGAUUGCUCACAUGCAACGUGGAAACCCAGCUGCGUCCCACCCUCUAUUUCCUCCAAAACAUCGGCAUCUCCGAGGUAAAAAAACACACUUCCUUACUCUCUUGCAGCGUGGAAAACAAACUGAUUCCUCGUAUCGAGUACUUCCAAAAAAUGGGAUUCUCUUACAGGCAAACCAUUUCGAUGUUCCGUAGAUUUCCUCAACUGUUUAAUUACAGUGUUAAGGAAAAUUACGAGCCGAAAUUGAAUUAUUUUGUGGUGGAAAUGGGGAGAGAUUUGAAAGAGCUUAAAGAGUUUCCACAGUAUUUUUCGUUUAGCUUGGAGAAUAGGAUAAAGCCAAGGCACCAAUGUUGUAUUGAAAAAGGGGUCUGUUUUCCUUUACCUGUUUUGUUAAGGACAAGUGAAGUUGAGUUUCGUAAUAGACUGGAGGUUUGUUGUAAUUCUUCGUUGCCGUUUAAGGGGUCUCCUUUGUGGUGUACAAAAAAUUGUGAUAUCGAAUAGUAGAUGAUUCAGUAUACUGUAAAAAAGAAUGAACUGAUUAUUACUCAUCUUUCGUUUUUGUUGUUUUUCUUUCUACGAUCAUGUGAAAAUUUGGUGACUGGAAUCUGAAUUAAUAUGGGUUUUAUA